GCCUCCACUUGAAAGCUUUCUCGACUCCACUUUUCCAUUUUUUCUUCGCAUAUAGCAAUAACUUUCCUUUAGAAAACGCACGCACACACACAUUACACGCACACACCACCAUUUUCGAGCAAUACGAAUUUUCUCUUCUCCAGGAGAAAACUUCACAGCAAUUGCCUCAUAAAGACCGUGAAAGAAGGCAUUGAUUAAAGCUGGCGAUUGAAAACCAGGAAACCCCUGUUUUUGAAGUCAAGCCUAAAAACAGGAGAAUCAUGUUGUUUGUAAUUGAACAGGAAGAGAACCGAUGGCCGCCAUGGCUGAAGCCUCUGCUGAAGGAGCAGUUCUUCGUGCAAUGCAAAUUCCACGCGGAUUCGCACAAGAGCGAAUGCAAUAUGUACUGUUUGGAUUGUAUGAAUGGCGCUCUCUGCUCUCUCUGCUUGUCUCAUCACCACGACCAUCGCGCUAUUCAGAUAAGGAGGUCGUCGUACCACGAUGUGAUCAGAGUGAAUGAAAUUCAGAAGUACUUGGACAUAAGCUGUGUUCAGACAUACAUAAUCAACAGCGCUAAGGUUGUGUUCUUGAACGAGCGCCCUCAGCCCCGCCCCGGAAAAGGCGUCACCAACACCUGCCAAGUAUGCGAUCGCAGCCUCCUCGACUCCUUCCGCUUCUGCUCUCUCGGCUGCAAGAUUGUGGGGACAUCGAAGAGCUUCAUGAAGAUUGAGAGGCAUUCACCGGAGAAGAAGGGGGCCGUGUCGGAGUCGGAGGACUCGUACAGCAGCAGCCGGAAUACGAGCAGCUUCACCCCGUCUACGCCGCCGCGGACGGGGCUGAAUUUCCGGUCUGCAAAGCGGAGAAAGGGUAUUCCACAUAGAUCCCCAAUGGGAGGUCUCCUGUUAGAAAUAUAGUGUCUUAAAACAUAACCUUAUGAAUGAAGCCCAAGGGUGUAGCUCUGUUUGUGUUUACUCAACUUCUCUACCACAUUGUACAUACAACCCACUAUUGUAUAGAAAUGUGAAAUAUAGACUAGACUAGAAACAAAAAAAUAAGACAAUGUGUAAAGUUCAGUGUGGAACUUGGAAAUAUAAGCCUAUACUUUGUGUA